UAGCUAAAGUGGUGCUUCAGUUUCAGGUUAAGAACAGACCUCUGGAAUGAAUUAAGUACUUAACCCGAGGUACCACUGUAUAACCAUAGGGCUGUGAGUUUGUAGAGGCGCCUAGCCUUUUAGCAACAGGUUGUGGAAAGUGAACCGUUUCUGUUCCUGGAAAAGUGGAAGGGCACAUGUUUUAAGUGUUGCGCUGUUAAGGUUUGUGUAGUUUGCUGCCUUCCCAGCUGUGUGAUGUCAUUUAGCCCAAAGUCAAACAUUAUGAAGUCAGCAGUGAGGUCAAUGCACUCUCCGUGGGAGGUGACCCUUCCAGUGCCUUUGAUUUCCAUUUCAUUUCUGUGGGACACAGCAAAGUAAUCGCGAUAUUGGAGGAAAAAGGAAUAAAGGCACAACGGAGAGAAAAGCGACCCAAGAGAACAUAGCAGAAGAGAAUGAUAUAGCCAAAGCUCCGAUAGAUAUCUUAAAGUGGCGUUUUGUGAUUAACUUGUGGAGCUCAGUGAAAAAUACCGCCUGUCUGUGUUUGAGGAAGUGUGUCUGAAUAAAAGUGAAGGAAAUUAGUAUUUCUAAUUUCUAAAUUCUAUUAGUAUGGCUGGGAAUCAGAGGACUGGCGGUUCUCUUCUUUGCUUAGGAAAAUGCCAUAAUGUGGUAAGAAGCACAGUUAAAAGUGCUACUUUUGCUGUAGGCACUUUUUAUUCUCAAGGUAACUGUAGAGAUUUUUGAAAUAGCAAGUAAAUUUUUGAAAUAGCAAGUAAAUUUGAGAUUUUUGAAAUAGCAAGUAAAUAGCAAGUAAUAAACGCUUUUAAGUAAAAACAAAUAUUUUCCUCAAUCUAAUUUUGAAAGAUCUUCGUUUUUAUUAAUGCAAAAUAACUGCCAUGCAGUCAAGGUGCCCAAAGUGUCGCACUCCUUCAUUUUGAAAAAUACCAGUAUUCCCAAGUUAUGAGGAAACAGCAAGGUUUGCAGGACUAGGUGCGGUGUAAAGAUUGAGGAGGUUUUUAAUAGGUCACAAAAUGUCCUGACCUUAACACCUUAAGUUCUUCAGGUAACCCGGUCCCUUGUCAGUUGGUUGCCAAGGCGACCACUCCAGUUUUCACAGCUCCAACAUUCCAAAAAGAGGCUGACACGGCCCUUCCGGACCAGAUGGAGGUCUUCCAGUCACAGGGGGAAAGAUCCCACCGGAGUUGUAGAGCUCAUCCAAACCUCUUUCUGCACGGCCCUGGGAAGCGAGGGAGCAGCGGGCUGGCCAGGAGAACAUGCUGAACAUCGCAGACAUGACCUGCUAUGACAAGAAGCUGAGGCAGACAAGUCCUGAGCAGCUGAAUGACCACAUGGUGGUUCCACUGCACUCCAGAGUGAACGGCUGGUCUUUACCACUCCACUCGUUCCAGUUGAUCACCCUGGUGCUUUAUUCAUACUUGGCCAUAGUGGGCUUUGGUAUCUACAUUCCUCUUCUCCCAAAUGAAUGGAAAUUGGUCGCCUAUGCUGUGAUUGGCUUAAUUUUUGUGCAUCACUUAAUCACUCAUCUUGUUGCAGUCACUAUCGAUCCAGCAGAUCAAAAUAUACUGAAGAAGAAAAAUUACAAGAAACCAAUGCCAAUUUUUGACCGAAGCAAAUGCAAGCAUGUUAUUCAGAACCAGUACUGCUAUCUUUGUGAAGCUGAUGUAGGGCCAAAAACCAAACACUGUAGUACCUGCAAUAAGUGUAUUGCGGACUUUGACCAUCACUGUAAUUGGCUAAAUAACUGUGUUGGAAGCCGAAACUACUGGUUUUUCUUCAAUGCGAUUGCUUCUGCUGCUCUUGGAAUCCUUCUGCUGAUUAUGGUGAUGAUAUAUGUCUUCAUCCAGUAUUUCGUGGACCCAGAACGGCUCCGCACAUCUCCCCAGUUUGAAAGUGUCACUAGAAAUGGCACCUGGCUGGUCUUUCUUCCUGUUGCUCCGGUAGAGACUACAGCAGCUGGUAUCCUGAGUGUAGCAAUAUUAACUGUGGUUUUGGGAUCUGCUUCUUUCUUGCUGCUUGGACAUUUGUUGACGUUUCAUCUUUACCUCUUGAAUAAAAAGAUGAACACAUAUGAAUACAUGACUCGACAUCGACCCAGGCUGUCUACCAUAUCUCGAGAAACAAGCACAGAGGGAACAUCGGAUACAACACACACAGUGGACUCCUUACAGGAUGUAACUGAAGUAAGAAAACCAGAUGAAGUAGCACCCUCCUCUAUAUCAGGAACUCAUGCCAAUUAACUGCACUUGAUCAGGAACAGCAGGCUUCCUCAGAGACGAAGAUUGCUGUGUUUCAUCGAUGUGAAAUGACCAUUGUAUGCACUUGAUUCAGCAUAGCUAAAGGGAAAGGUGGAAUGCCAGUUCCUGCUCUCAGCUGGGUCAAAACUGGACACUGAAAUCACAAGAGGAGAUGUUCCCUUCCUUAUCCAAAUCAGCAUGCUUCUUUUGUCUCUGAGAAGGGGCUAUUAUGUGGAAGGCUGUGGCCAGUCAAAAGACCACAUGUAAAGAACAUGGUGGACUUAGAGGAUGCGCCAGGCCAUACUUCUAGACGAGGUCUGUGUGUACAGAACUGAUGAAAUUUUGGUCUGGAGGUUCUCCAUUCUAUGAUAAUGAAGGGCUUGAAGUGUUUUUCAUCAGCUGGCAAUGCAUUAUAUGGAGACCAGCUGAUAACAGCUAAGGAGGAGAGGGUGAGGGUAGGCAGAGGGUGGCUGGAUAGGAUUUCAGUGACAGGAAUCAUUUUGAGGCCCAUGCUGAUGACCAAUGUGUCUCCCAACUCGUCUCUAUUUAAUUGGAGCAGCAUGUGUUUCCUGAAGUUGUACUUCAAGUGUGAAUAAUCUCAGCUGAAGAGCCAGCAGAUAUCCACAAGGCAAGAGUAGCCGUUCACAGGUUCUUCCUUGCACAGAACCAGUGACAGCUACUGUUGUGAAUGCAUUUGAGAGUCUCUCCCUAGUAAAUGGGAAGCUAGUAAAUGGGUAGCAAAAUAUGUAGCAGAUCACAGGAUAUAGAGAAGAUAGCUUGGAGGGUAAUCAUUUGACAUUGCCAAAAAGAGAAGUAAGUCUUAGAGUCAAAAGUAUCCUCCACGUGGCAUUGGGAAGGCUCCAAUAAAUUAGACUGAUUUCCCCAAAAUGUAUUUAUAUAAAGUGUCACCACAGAAAGUCCUGCUUAUUAAUGCCAGUUGGAAAAUACUUUCCUUUUUGUCUCUACGCUGAAAACCAGUUUUUUUUUAAAUAGAAAAUGGAUUGUGUAUUUGAUCCUUUUUUAAAAUGCUAUUUCUUAUAAAUAAAUUAUAUGUUUUUGUGGCAUUACAGGAACAUUUUAAUAAACUCCCCCAUAAAACAAUGCAAGAGUCUGUCUAUCCUAGUUACAUAUGUAAGAUUGGGUUUACUUGACUAAAAAUUACAGAGGUUGAUUCUCAUUUGCACUUUACAUGGGGGAGCGAUCCUUUAGAUUGGAAAGUUUUCUAGGUUUUUAAUAUGUGUACGGUGAAAGGAAAAUGUUAUUGAAUGAAAUGUACUUGUUUUUUAAUCCUCAUUCUUUUCAUAAAAAGCAUUAAAGAUAAUAAAAUUA